UUUUCUAUAGUCUUUCAUUGAAGCUUUCGAGAGCGGCUUCCUUUGUUUUUGGUUUACUUGAAAUCCCUUAUACAAAGAAUACCCAUCUUUCGCGACGUUACUCGGCUUUGUCAAACACGUACCGGUCUGUCGAAUGUAUUCGACAAUGUUUCCAAAGAUUUCCUUCUUACGUUUACCUUAAAACUUUUCAAUAUUUGGUCAUUCCCAUCGAGAGAGGUCUUCUGGGACGAAUACCUUGUAACGCCGAUCUAAAACUUUGCGCUAACUUUUCCAGCUACCAGGGGGACUCUUAUAUCAAGUUUUCAGGAGUUCUCGGGACGGCUUACGCGCCGCAAUGCUUUUCGAGUUCGAGACAUCCCAGGACUCGGAUUAUUCCCUGCUUUCUAAUUAUACGCAAGAACCCGUACAACCCCUUCAAUGUAAACAAGGGAAGUUCGCGAUUGACGGAGAGUUUUACAAAGGCGAACGGAAGGAACAGACAAGAGGAAGACUUUUCAUGGGAUUAGCGGAGGUUGCGUUGUUUUCACUUUUUUUUUCUCCUUCGCAUUAUCCGAUAGGUAACUACAACCUUCGUGCAAACAGGUGUCUCGCAUUAAAGGACAUAUAUAACGGGUGACACCUUUAAUCGUGUAUAGCUACAGGCCACACGAAAGCCUCCUGUUUACUUAACUACCCAGCAUCCAGUUCCAGGGGUUCUUCAACCCUGGCUUGGAAAUAUCUUCAUGAGCAUCCCCCCAAAAAAAUACAAGGGCAACAUCGCACAGCGUAAUAUUUAUAGCUUUGAAACUUUACGCUUUUGCUUCAGCAGACGCCAUGUGGCUUUUACGUAUCCAGUGUGCUUUGGCGCCAAAUUCAAAACCAAUUCGCAAAGUUCACCAGUAUCGUACUGACGGUACGAAAUUUUUAUUUCACAAGAAUCCGUGUCUAUUUUUGUCAUUACUCGACCCCUUUCUAUGGGAUUGCUUUUAUUACGCGUAAAAGCACGGCUGUAAGUAUCCAAUAAUUUCCGGAUAGCAACGGAUACGUAAUAAUGUAAAGCAAUACUUGUGUGUAUUUAGCUAUAAAAUGGUCUGUGGUUUUACAUAAAUAUUUUUAAGGUACUGUAAACUUAAUUCAAAUAUACGAACGAGCGUGUUCAAACGAACAGGGGUAGGUUUCAGAGUUCGGAUCCAUAGGUCAAGAAGGGUGUCAACCCUUGAGCACGUUUGCAACGUGCUAGAAGCCACUCUCUGCAACUCUGAUCGUUAGUUCAGACCGAGUGAGACAUACGUGACAAAUAAUUCAUGAUGGUCACAGAAGGUCCUGAUUUAGGUCCUCGAUUUCCUCAGGUUGUACCCUACGUGCACUGUCUAGUAGAAACCUAGCGAGAUUCCAUAUACAGCACGGUAAACACGAUAGGAGAGUUUUUCAAGUCGUGCAGGGCGAAUCUACAGUGACACGCCACUGGCUCAGCCCACCCUAAUCUCCAAGGAAUAUCUGAAAGGGGCGCAACGUUACGCUUAUGUAAAUUCGAGUCGAUUCACAACCCCUGUACAGAAUUCAGCAUUGGAUCGGCUUGGUACGACCUUUUCGUAUUACUUAUAUACAGCAGAAAUUCGAACCAUCCUCUUGUUGGUAAAUCUUAUGAAUUUUCGCAUUUUCAUAUUUUUCCCCGACAUUCCUGAUAUGGAAACGAGCUCACGGUGCAAAUAUGAGUACGAGCGCUGUAGGUAAGUCGGGCUGAAGUAUCCACAGGUUGUUGACUUUCCUGGCCGUGUUUUCUGGGAGCGCGAAGAUCGCAACUGGUGUGCCGCGACUAGCGCUGGUCGCUCGUUGGGGAUGUGGCUAACGAUAAAUUUACGCUUCUGGAAAAGUUGAUAAAUCGAAUUGCGCACGAGAGUCGGAAAUAAAGUGUCCCCAGGCUUAGUCGGUACGCUCCCUUGGGAACGUUUACUGUAGCGGGGAAAUUUACGCUAUGCGAUGUCUAUAUCUAUAUAGAUAGUCAUCUCGAGAAAAAGGAUAAUUUCACGUUGCUUGUUUUUUUAUACGUAAGAAAAGAAGUAAGAGGAUACAGAAUAAGAUGAGAUCGGCGUGCUCGCUAUGGAACGCGGUUCUGGUAUUAUCACGAUAGCUCGUAUUUCAAGUGUAACCCUUUGAACGCGCGAAGUUUCGUUAAUGGCACUGGGUACGAUCGAUAGCUAACGAGCCACGUAAAACUGAUUACUUUCGGAUGCUUAACUAUGGAAAAACACUCGGUCCACCGGAUACGCUCCAUUUUUGAGCCGGACGUCGAUCGAUCGCCAAGUGUACCGGUCCUCUUUUUGGGUCAACAUCAUGCACCUUCGUCAUAGACAAUUAUUAGAUGCCGUCAUUCCGAAGAAAUUUACGACUUUGACCUUACUAGAGACUGAUGAAAAAAAAAUCUACUUUAUAUUCCAAACGUACGACGUGAAUAUUACUUUCGUCCACGAAGGAUUGAGCAUAAGGGAGGUAUCCGGGUGAUGGAGGUUGUGUCGAAAAUCGUGGUGUGACUGGAUAUCUGAAGGGUUUUGGCGGAUGAAGGAAAGCGUUGGCAUAGGGUCAGUAGACAGGACAGGAAAGCCAGUAGGAUAUUCGAUAGGAGCUUGGGGUGGCAGUAGUAGUGCCACCUCAUCCUGGCACGUGGGGCGCGACCAGGUGUUGCCUCGGCGUCGGGUCGAUGCGGAUCGUUGACGCAUGCGUCUAUUUCCCCUCUGGUCUGGCCGUAGCUCCUCUAUUCUCUCGUGUUCGUGGUGAUUCCCCACCCUGGUCACCCCUCUAUAGUCGCCCCUAUCGCGGAAGAAGAGCAUUCCCUUUGCCGUGCUACCCCUGCUCGUACUACCCUAAUGGCGUAUACCAGUACAGGAGGAGCAUGCUCGCUCGAGAGAACGCGCUAGUAUCACCACCACCACCACUGCUACUAGUAUUCGCAGAGGCAGCAGCGACAGCCACUACCACCACCACCAUCACCACCACCACCACCACUACCCUCGGAGCAGCUUCAGGGGAGCCGCAACGGAGGGACAAGAGGAGUCAGAGCGAGAGCAGUAGAGCGCCGUGCCUCGCCACCGGCAAACAGUCGCACCCCAUUUCGCGUAUCCGAAACCACCCCUGUCGAGAGCCAGAGCCGACAGGGAGCCAACGAGGGUGAGCGAGGUCGGCGAGGAGAGGCGCGCGGCGAGGAGUGGCGAGGGUAGUCCUGGCGAAGGAAGAGUGGCAAGAGGAGAGUGGCGUGAAGAGUGAAGAGAGGCAAGCAAGAAGGCAGUGAGGUAGCCAGGAGGGUAUGCAGGCAGGCAGGCAGCCAGCCAACUAAGCAAGAGAGGCAGGCUACGGCAGUGACGUCCCUGGGUGACUGGCAUGGUGGCGGUGCUGCUGGAUAAUCCUCGCUGAGCCGAUGACGAGGUCCCGCGGCCUGCUGCCACCCAAGCCGGCCACGAGUUCCCUGAGGAAGCUGUUAUUCCGAGCAAAGCGCCGACGAAGACGGCGGCGUCGCGGCGACGCCGACGCCGGUGGUGGUGUGCCUCGCGCGUGAUAAGCGGGCAAGAUGCCGCGGUGUCUAAUGGCCAAAAAGUGGAAGGCCUAUCCGUGGCCGGAUCGGGAGGAUGACACUGUCGAGGAACCUCAUCUACAAGAUCUCGAGGAUCCUGCAAGGCUUGACAAGCGGCAACAGCAACAGUCCCCGCAACAACAACAACAUCAGCAACAGAGUCAGCGUUCCGAACCUGAGGAUGAAGAAAUCGACGUGGUGGGUGACGCCGAUAAUCGAGCAUCGCAAACCUGCUGGGGACCUCAUAGUCCUACCGCCGGAGCCACUGCUCCAAGUCCACCGCCUCUCAACGCUUCUGGCGCACUCUACUACCACGGAUACACGCACGAGACGUGGAUCAACCACGAGGAACCGCCAAAAUAUGCUACCCUCCGCUCAGCCGCUGAACUCGCCAGUCCCGUCAUGCCUCCUGCUUCUCCGUCGCACCAGCAACAUCAGCAGCAGCAUCCGCAUCAACAUCAGCAGGAUAUCGGAGGUGCGGCCGCGUCCCUACAACCCACAGGGACGCUCACCCUACCGCCACGGAAGAGUCUCUCCAUGUGCUUCACGAGUACAGGUACGGCCCUAUCCUUACCGCCCAAGAAGAAAGAUAUAUAUCGUCCCUAUAGUCUGCAACCGGAAAUACGUACACCGGCGGAAGAGGAUCUAUCGGCCGCUCAAGCGAUUCUUGAUCUGAGUGCAUCACCAGCAGCUCCAAGUCACUCGGUCUUCGUGCACACUCUGUCGCCAGCUCCGCAGCCACCGCAACCGGUACCGAUACCGGUUUCUGUCCUGGUACCAGUGCCCACCUCGCAGAGCCCACCGAGACAGGAGCAGAGCGUGACGCCUCAACCGCAGUCGCCGGAAACCGCCGAAGCCGGGAACAAGACGGUAGCCUAUACCUACGAGGCCUUCUUCGUCUCCGAUGGUCGCUCGAAACGGCGCUCCACCAACGCGGCUGUACCGGACAAGGAGGCUGCUCAACCGGACAAGCCAAAGUUCACCUGCAUCGAGUGCGGCAAGCAGUACGCGACCUCGUCCAACCUCUCGCGACAUAAACAGACACAUCGCAGCCUAGAUUCUCAGUCGGCCAAAAAGUGCAUCCACUGUGGUAAAGCGUACGUCAGCAUGCCUGCCCUGGCCAUGCACGUACUCACCCACAAGCUAGCUCACAGCUGUGGCGUCUGCGGUAAGAUGUUCUCCAGGCCCUGGCUACUCCAAGGUCAUCUGCGUAGCCACACAGGAGAGAAGCCUUACGGGUGCGCACACUGCGGCAAGGCCUUCGCCGACCGUUCGAAUCUUCGAGCCCACAUGCAGACCCACUCGGCUGACAAGAAUUACGAGUGCUCGCGCUGUCACAAAACGUUCGCACUCAAGUCCUAUCUGAACAAGCACUUGGAGUCGGCUUGUCUCCGCGACGAGGAACUGCAGACCUCAGCAUCGUCACCCGGAAGCGCGAGUGCGACACCCGACGGCGGUCCGAUGCAACCGAGUUGCGGCUUGUAGCACCGUGGCAAGGGCAACCGGAAGCGGAUGUGUAUCAGGAGAGCCAGGUGGACCAGGAGGAUCAGGAUGGAUGCUGAACGCGAGCAACUUCACAAGGAGAGCUAGCGGAUGAUUGUAGAGGAGAAAAAAGAAGGUUUGCAGUAAGUUAAGUAGAAAAGUGCCAGUAGAGAGAUUAUAUAAUAUUAUAAAACGUCCAGUAAUUUAAGUAACAUCGAACAGUGACGUCCACACUGCAUCUAGUCACUCUAGUCGAUUAGAAUAUACAUAGUCUAUUACUUACUAGUACAUCCAGUCUAGUCACGUUGGUUAAAAAUAUUUACUUAGCUGCCUAAAUCUAAAGGAAGUACGACGAUUCAUCAAUAAAUAUAUAUAUAUGUGUAUAUAAUAUAUUAUACAUAUAUAUAAAUAUAUAUAUGGUGUGUGUAUACGUUACUCAUAUGAUAUGCAUUCGCACGGGUAUAUGUAUAUACCAGUUAGCUAACAGAAUAUAGUAUAUCCGUACGUAUUGCGCAUGCGUAAUUCUAUACAUACGCGUACUUAGGCAAAUUUCAAAAUAAACGCGUAAUAUUGUUAUACACAUAUUUUAUAGAGGCAAUAUAACGAAAAAAAAAAAAUUACGACACGUACGGUCAAAAGCAAUGUUUCGACACAACGAAUUAUAUACAUAGCGGCGAACAUCGAAAUCCCGAAUAACUUAGCUUCGGCAGAAAUUGAUCGUCGUACCUUAAUUAAACCCAAAGAUACCAUAGCAUCGCGUUUACAUAGCUGCGGAAUUUCACGCAAUUAUCCAAACAGACCACGAACGACAACCAGCGACGAUUUCUCGUGCGCGGAAUUGCCAUUCGAGUUAACAGGAUUGUAUAUUCCGUGGCGUAACACGGGAAAAAGUCAAUUACGUUAUAUCGGUGCUUGUCGCUAUCUUCCAACGUUUUUCAUUUUGCCCGUUAAACUCCACGCUACUUCACUUUUCUUUUAUUCCGCGAUAUCCCUGCAGCCUCGUGAGCCCUUGCUCGUCACUUCGAAUAGUCGACACUGUUUAUCAAGAUCCUACGAAAUCCCACGUGAAUAGAUAUCUGUAUCAACCCGCCGAGAAAUAAUUGUAUCGCAUGUACAGUAGACAACACUAUGGCAUUGCUAUUCCCGUUAUCGCAGCUACUACUCCAUUUUGUUUGUUUAGCUCUUGACAGUCCUAUGCGCAUGCGCGCCGUGCAUCAUGCCGAAUCGAGUCUUGCAUUUAGUCUGCCUCGUUCGAGAAGGUUCUGUACGAUUAUAUUGAGAGUCUAUGAUCUAUUAUUAGAGCAAUAAAUCUAAGCAAUACUCGCAUUAGACGAUUACGCGUGUCACGCGGUAAGAGGAGUUACAUAAUUACGUAUUUAAUACAUAAUAAAAAGUAGAAGAAAAAAACUCUCGGAGUCGCCGUUCUCUGUAAAUACGAAUGGCAGUUACGUUUCAUUCUGUUUCCGUUUUAUUUUUUCUAUCAUAGGAAAUAUUUAUAUUUAUAUAUAUUUAUUUGUCAUAUUUAUUACUAGUCAUUUCCAUUGUAUUUGUAAUAUUUAUUAUAUUCAUUUGUAUAUUUGUCACUGAUGCAUUAUAUCUCUAUGGCACUCCUUUCUCAGUACUGUUUCACCUACGGUCGCGAUAUUAUUACAUCGAUACAACGAUUACAUGCAACGAUCGAUAUUUUCCUUAGGGCAUUCUUCUUACGUGCUAUAUUUUAAUGCGCCGUUGAUCGACCAAACGUGGGUAAAUUAUCGUUAAUCAACGAUCCAACUUUUGUGUUUGUAUUGUUUUGCUGUUAAUUUUUUUUUUGUCUAACACGAGUCCGCCAUCUUUGCCAAGCGGAAUGUUUUUAGCUGUUUGCAUACAAAAGGAACGAUUUCGGCGUGAAACUAACUAACGACACCUAUGCCAGGAGCAGUGUACAUAUUUAUUGUCCAUUUGGCAGCGAAUGUGAAUACGUAAAGUAGAUUGGAUAUUCUCAAAGUAAUAUUCGAGAAACGAAGUUAGCGGGCAUAGAAAAUUACGUGUGGAAAAGGACUCGCGUUACCCUAGUAUAACGACCAUUGCCAAAAAAAAAAAAAAAAAUUAAAUCCUUUGGAUAGUGAAAAAAAAAGUAUCACAUGUUAAACUAAAAAUAUUUUUCAUGAUUUUUAUUUGGCUAAUCUACACGCCAAAUACAAUAUACCUGAAGGAAUGACGUAAUAUUGAAGACAUAUUGGAAGCACAAAAAAAAAAAAGGUUUGAAAAAUUUUCAAUUAAUUUCAUCGGAUGUGACUUUACUAUAGAAUUUGAUAUUAUAGUCAAAGUAAUAUAUUCUACGAGGAAGUUGAGUCGUUAUUCCCGCGAGUCCUUUAUGAAUGAUAUAGAAAGAAGUAAAAGAAUGCCAAGAGAGAAGACGGAACCCGCGAAAGUUCAAGCUCAACCCUGUUAUCAUAAAUUUGAUGUUACUAGAGGUGCUCAAGAAGUGUGUACAAAAUAUAAAUGAACAACAUUAAAUUUGAUGGUAUAUUUAUUGAUAAACGGGAAUUAUAGUGGUAGAGUUAUUGGGUACGGGGUCUCGAGCAAAACUUAUUCUGUACAUACUUUAUAUGCUCCGUGGGUUAUAAAGGUAUCGUACAAAAUUAAGCUUCCAUUUCUUCUGGAUUACGUUGAAUUAAAAGGUCGCCGCGACGUGCACCGACGGAAAUACGUCGUUCUUCGAGUCUCUCAAAAUUUGCAAAAUAUUUUCACGAGAAAUCACAAACACUACGUUUGUAUAUUAUCGAAAUAUAAAUUCUCGAAUCUCUUCUGCUUGUUCGAGUAAACCGCGUAUCUUUGCGAAUAAUUUUACGAAUUUUUUUCAAUUUUUCACGGUACAGCCAACCCUCCAAAAUGACAAAAAACGUAAUUUGAAGUAAUUAAAAAAUUACAAAAAUUUGAUAAAAAUUUUCCAAAUAUCAUUUUUGACGACUGUCCUUUCGUAGCUUCAUUACGUUUCACGAUUAGCACAAAGUAUAUCUAUAUGAAUGCUACAGUCGCAUAGGCAUUGCUGUACACAUUCGUAAUUGCGAAUAACAAGGCGAACUUGCAACUGGCGACAAACUAAUUUUCUUAGAAAAUCUUAAAACUUGCUAUACUUUUCCUCGGGACUUUCCGCCUGGCUUCGUAACACUUAACAGUCUCUCUCAAGGGGCCUCUCGUUCCUCUGUGCUUCUCUCUAAGAUUAUAAAGCUCGAUUAUCAUCGAGAGUCCGAAAAAGCGCCAAAUUUCAAAAUUCUUUAUGGCGUCUGGAAACAACACCAAUUUCACGUGAUACAUAUUACUACUACAAAUUUUUAAUUAUGUCGUGGUUGCGUGCUAGCGUGUGAAUUGAGCUUUACCUUCGCUUCAUCUAACCUUUGAUUAAUUUACCAUUGAAAUAUUACACGAGUAAUAUUUUCACUACUGAAUUCCCAUAAAGAAAAUUAUGAUCGGACUAAAAAUAUAUACACAGUCAUUCGUUAAAGUCAUCAGGAAUAAUAACUCAAAGUUCGCUGCGUUACGUGACUGAUCGCAGGUCUACAAAGAAAACAGCGGAUCACAGGCAUAGCGUGAUCCACGUAAAUUUCUCCAUAUUUUAGAAUAUAAUGAAAAAGUUUGAUCUUGAUAUUCCGCGUGUACGCAACCAUCGGGAAUACCGUCCCGCCGGAUGUAAUUCAGACAGGAACAAGGAGGUUAGAGAUGAAAAUUGAAGGAUAUAGGUAAACGAGUAAGGUUAUUAGAGGCGGAGUAUGAGGAGGAGGAGGGGGAAUAAAAAAAAUGAAAAACUAAAUAAAAUAAACGAAAUCGUCAGACUGAUGCACUUUCCGAGGGAACAUUUUGAUUUAUCGCCCGCUUACUACGAAUGUACGCGCCGUAGAAUAUAUAUACAUAUAUAUAUAUAUAACGCGAAACUUUGCGACCAUAAAUAUAUUGUAUGUAUAUCGUACCGAUUGCAGAACUUUCGACUCCGUCGACGAAUAAUAAGGAUGCGCUUAAAGGGAGAGCAUGACACUUAGAGAACGAUGUGUUCAAAUAGUCGUAAACUUUAAGUAACAUUUAACGUGUAAUCGCGUGAUUGCGGGCUUUAACAUUAGCGCGAUAAGCUUCACUCUGAUUUACGAUUAGACGCGCGCGAUUCUUUUUUUUGUUUUACGUAGACCUUACUUGCAUUAGAGAAAGGCCAUUCGGUGGCUCAUUUUCAUUAUUCUUUAUUCCUGCCUUGGAUGAAAAAAGAAAUGAUAGGAUUCGCGUGCGAAAACGCUCAUGGGAUCGUUCUGGAAAGUAUUUCGCGUGAGGAACGUAUAGGAUAGUCGCGGCCUGCCACAACGUCAGUUUUCCGAACUACUAACAGAGAUUUGAUAUUUGACUAAUAAUUGAUUGAGUAUUUUUUUUUUUCACGAAAAAAAUGUAAAAUAAUAUAAAAUAAAAGUAGAAUGAGUAUACUGCGAAAAAAAAAAAAAAAUGGUGGCUCGCGACGGUACCAGAGAUACUUUCGACAGUCAAGCACUAGGCUCGUCGUCUUGGGAGUCGUUGAUGGCAAUGGGAUUGAAGAUUGAGGACUGAGAGGCAGGAAGAUUUAAUGCAAAUUAUACAAGCAAUUUGCAUGGGGCUGCAUUAGCUUUCGUGAAAGGGCUGCUCGGUACGGAAGUUAUCAAGGUCGCAAUGUCAUAGGCCCAGAAUAGGAGACGCGCUGUUAAAAAAGAGAAAAACGUAAAUCUACGUAUCCGGGGAUGCUCGUGUAACGGUGACUCGGAACAAUGAAAAAAAAAAAAAUGUUAUUUAAAGGGAUAAAAUUUCAACUCUCCUUGACAACGAAAUCGUGUGAUCCAAUAAGUACGUCUUGAUGAGGACUGUUGAGACGCGAUGUUAGAACAAUUAAAUAAACGAGAAAAAAAUUGACCCACUUUGCGCAACAUCAGAAAUGAAAUGGCGAGAAAAAGUGAGGAAAAAAGCAAAAGAAAAUAGGGAGAAAAAGCAUCGCAGCGCCUCGUAUUUAUAAAAAGACAGGUAACAAAGGACAGAAUAAGAUACGAUUCCCGGGUAAGCCCUCGCGCUAACACGAGGAUCAGAAAGAGAAAAAAAAAGGAAAAUUCUAUACGCGCACAUUAUUUAUUUGAGAGAACGUCGUGUACAUAUGAUAUAUACGCGUAGACGUAAAAUUACGUUAGACACUUACUACGUAAUGUAUAAGAGACAUGAUGAAUAACGUUACUAUAGGUAUUAAUUAUUAAACUGGCAAGAGCUGGGUCCCCAGUGGGCCAAUAUUCGAUAAAUAUCGGUGUGACACUUUCCGUUAAGUUAUCAAAACUAACUCUAGUCAUGUGUUUCUUUGGAUGUGACAAUGUCGUCCGAUUCGAUGUGCAUAAAAUUGAGUCUACGUUAAUUCGGACUCGACGUGUACGAUACUACCUACUAUUACCUAAAACGCUAUUACGUGUUUUUUAUUUAUUUAAAUUGUCGACGGCACAAUUGGAAUCUCGAUUUAAAAAGAGAAACUUCGAAAAGCACUACGCGAGGAUUCUACGAUUUUCGGUAUCAGAAUACAAUUAACGGAAUUACAAACACAUUCCGAUCUACUCAAGAUUAUUUUGUGAAUCUUUGAUUAACGUAAAACAAAAACUUUGGAUUUUACUCCCAGUACCUUUGUGCGUCGAUGCUGACAAGUAUUUGAAAACAAAAGCACAGAUGGCGACACUGGACGUUACCGACACCCGCCGAUCGUAGUCGAAUAGAAGCGGUCGCGACACAUUGCGCAAAUUAUUAGCGAUAUAUAUGGAACUCGUGGUGUCUGUCUAUAUACGUAAUGUAAUAUUUACCGUUAUCCUCGGGAAGUCAAUUUUGAGAUAACGAAGACGAAAAGAAUCGAGAAUUCUUAUGUAGAUACUGGAAUGAAUCUCAUUCCUUAACCUCUUACGUCAAUAUUGUCUGUGUCAAUUUUACUACUGUCUCUCUUAAGUGUUCCGAAUUUCAUGGCGAUCGAUACACUCUACGGAUUCUCUGUAAUCUCGGCUGUAUGUAUAGGAUACACGACUACGCGACGUUCAACUUGGAAUACGAAUUAAUCAAAACAGCCGUAACGAAGCGACUGUUUGUGAAUUGACCGCCAUGUUGAAUGUACAGCGAAGAGAACAGAGUAGCAGGGCAACCAACCUUGCAUAAAUAUAAAAUAAACAAAGAAAUGUGUCGCGCCGCCAAAAUGCUUGACUAUUUGAAUAUUUACGAUCGGCUUGGUGUAUCGGUGCGAUUGUAACAAGACGAGAGGAUUGAAACGAGUGAUAUAAAGAAAAAUUGGGCAAACCAGUAGAAGAUGCAAAUGAGCGUCCGAGAAACAGGUUAAAUUAAAUUCCAGAAUUUCUAUUGCCCCCGUUAAUACGUUAAUUGGCAAAUAGUGAAAGGACCUGUAGCUAUGGUAGAAAUUAAUCAAUUAUUAACAUAGUCGAUCUAACGUUGCACAAUUUUGAUUCUCAGUGACGUCAUACACUUGAAAUUCUGCUCCAACAUUCAAAGGGACUCUUUUUUUCUAUACUAAUCUACUGCUGGCAGUACCGUCCAUUAUGAAAUUCUACUCGCUCGUUUCAUGACGAAAAGGAAAGGAAAUUGAAUUAUCUAACCUUACUGUACUUAAAGGAGAAAUACUUGCGUAUCGAAACACAAUAUCUCUAAACUAUUGUAAAAGGUAUUGUACGUUCAGAUUCCACUUCGUCGAACUGUGCCUAGAUCAUGUAUGAUUUGGCAGCAUACGCGUUAAAAAAUCUCAAACGAUCCUGUAACACGGAUAAAUCGUCAGAACAAGCAACAAGAUCGAAAACCAAAGAUAAUAUUCCCUGUGGAUAGCUUUAGUGUUAUUGCGAAAUAAAAAAAAAAGAAACGCAUAAGUAAACCAAGAAAAAUCGUGCACAAGUGGUAAAGACGUUCGCAAUUAAUAAUACUGGCCUUUCGAGAUGGCCAGCUCUUCCUUUUCUCAAAUUUUUCCUAAAAAAAAAAGACACGAACACGUUAAUGUCUCACAUUCUCCGUCUUACUUAUUCCCAACUCUGUUUCUUCGUACGAAUGCAUCUUCUUGCACAGCGUACCUGUAACUUAUAAAUCUUCACUCUUUGUCCUGCAAGUCAAUCUAUAGAAGAAUCUUCGUUUAAUGGAAAGUUACGAGAGAGAUCGAAGAUGAUAACAAAAACCAAAAAAAUAUAUAUAUAUGAGAAGUAAAAAUUGGUGGAAACACACAUAUGUGCAAAAAGUGCCUACAUUCCAAGUUAUUCUCUUAGUAUCGAUACAUUCCACGAGUAUGGCAGUGUCAAUUACCGUUUUGGAUAAAGAGAGAAAAAGAGAGAGAAAAAAGCAAUAUCCAGAAUGAUUUGAACGGAUAAUGAUAACGGAUAAUGAACGAUGUUUUACAAUAAAGGUAUAUGGCUGGCAAAUGGUAACGGUGUUGAUGAUCACGAUUACGAUGAGAAUUAAUUAUUGAUUAUGAUUAUUGAUUAUGAUUAUUGAUUGCGAACCCAGUUUACGAGCUAACCCUUACGCAGUGACGUUAGACGGAUGUGAUAUAAAAGUAAAUCUAACCUAUAAUGCAUAGAAGAUAUUAUUAAUAACGAAUACGCAUUGUGAUACCCCUCGACUGAUAUUUACAGGAUAUUGUUCCGAUUGGAUGUCCCAAGGAAGCCGGGGUAUUCAAAAGCAAUAAUGACGUAGGCGGACCCUUUCCGGUCGCGGAUCGGGACCGAUAAAGAUAGGAUGAAAUUAAAUAAUUAUAUUACGAGUAUGAUUAUUAUGGUAAUGCCUAAGGUAAUAGAACUUAUUAAAAAGUUAGUAGGCUUUUAUAACGGCGUAACGAGUAUACAUGAUAACAAGGCGGAAUGAUUACAAUGUCAUACGUUGUUCGGUAGAUGAGAAUGAGUAUGAGAGAGAGAAAAAAAAGAGAAAGAUAAAGAAACGGUUUGUCGUAGAUUCAAGUAAAACGUAUCCAUAUUUUAUAGCUUUUACUUAAAAAUGCAGUACACGCAAAUAUAAAGUUAACUAUAUUUAUAGAGAUAUGUUGAUAACGAGAAUGAAAAGGUAAAAAAAUAUAACGAGAUAUUAAAUUAUUAUUAACGAAGUAGAAGCAAUAUUACUCAUAUGCAUACGUACAUACUUGCAUUAUUAUUAUCAUUGCAAUUAUUGCCAUUAUUAUUAUUAUUAUUAUUAUUAUUGUGAUUAUUAUCAUCAUUAUUAUUACGAUACGUAGCAUUCAGCGAAAACGGCAAGAAAAUAAAGAGAUAAAUAAAAAGUAAGGAAUACAAUAAAAAUACUUUGCAUGACUACGUAGGGCUAUACUGCCGCCGAAGCAAUACAAAGAGCAAUAUAGAGGUUAAAAGGUAAAGAAAAAAAAAAAAAAUUGAAUGAUUAAUAAGAAUGAAACGGUUAACGACGUUUGAAAUCUAUAAUGGACGGGAGAUAUUUAAAUGAAACAACAAAAAAAAUAUAAUAAUUAACGAAUCGUAGGUAUACACACGCUAUGUACGACAUUAAACUUAUUCUAACCGUAGUGCUAACUAUACUUAGCAUUUACGUAGACGACACUAAUGCCUAGAGUCGAGAGAAUGUAAUUGGAUUUUUUUAUCAUCAGACACUCAUGUUCGGGUGAAGAUGACCAAUGUUUGGCUUUUGCUCACGCACGACGCGACACGAGAGUGACGCAUGCGCUCGCGCUUACGCACGUAUUAAAAGAAAACGGAAAAGACAAAAUAAAAGAAAAACGUUGCGUGCUCUCACCGAUGACUGAAAAGUCCAAUUAAUGCGAGGAUUUGCCUCCGAAGGUAGUGAUAUACGUAGAGUUAAUAAUAACAGGAAAAAAAAAACCUAGUAGUUCGCUAAUGUAUUUCAUCGGGUCCAUAUAUUACCUGGUCGUAUGUGAUUCUCCGCUUGGUAUAUUGCGUGUAUCCGUCACUGACAGUUUGUUCUGGUAACGCCAAUGCCACUGACAGCAUUACUACUGGCAAGUCAAUAUAUUUGAAAAUUUAUCCUAAACGCAAGCCAUCAGCCAAUCUCGUCCGUGCGACUAACCGUCUAACAGCUGACGUCUCCUGCAGCUACGUUCAGGUUGCCAGGAUCGAUUCUACACCCUGUCGAUCUUAUCCUCUUGCUAUUUCUAUCUACGUACGCCAGUGGAGUCAGUCUGCUUCGUCUGCUUACUCCUUGGUUACAUUUCACCGCGAGAAUCCCUUCGUACGCCAUGUGGCUCUGUGCUGUGGCGGCAAUGGCAGUGAUGCCAACUGCGGAGAAUCCACUAUGGUGGGAAAGUACCUUUUGAAAGACGUAGUAUAUUAGCAUGGUGUGAAAAAAAAUGAUAGUGACGCUAGAUGAUUAAACUUAAGCUUCUUUCUCAUAAGAGAAACAAUUAUUAUAACGAAUAUUUACAUACGUUUGUAUGAUUUAUAACUAGUGCUAAUACAAAACUCCAUUUGUCACCAAGAACCAACAAAAAAAAACAUAACACACGACUCCACUGUCACGGACGUUCUAUGAAAACCACUCAAUCCCCUUCCCCAUACACAUUCCCUUCUAUGGUUAUUAAAAAUGGUUGUGUUUCUUGUAAUUCUGGUUUUUCACGUUUUAUUCAGUCUGUACAGUCAUAUGCUUAUGACUUGUUCUUCUUGUAUUCUUCUUCUUCUCUGUAUAUCGGGCCUUUCCUCCAAAACGACUUACCUACCCCGACAUGCUUCUAAUAGUGUUGGAUGGUAAUGUUAUAACAAAAGAAAAAAAACGUUAAUUGAGCAUUGUUAUCUAUGUAAUACAACAUAGGAUGUUUUGUAUUAUAUUUUCAUAAUAAAUAGAAACGUAGAAAAAACGUAUUAA